CACUGAAAAUUGAGCGCCCUUUUUUGCAAGGUUACAGCAAUUUGUGAAAAGUACAGUGCUAUCUGUUUUGAAUCAUUGAAUUGAGUUAAAAGUUAAUUGACAUCAAUACAAUUUGCUACGAUGGCAAUGGCGAAUUUUAGUUUUGUCAGCAUGGCAGCACAAGCACCUAAAGAAUCUGGAAUUAGCUUUCAAAACAAAGCCGCCACUUGGGACAAUGCAGAACAAGCCAAGGAUGUGGUGGAUGCGCUCAAUCGCGAGUCCACUGUGCACUAUCUGAAUCUAGACGGCAACACGUUGGGUGUGGAUGCGGCAAAGGCUAUAGGCGAGGCACUUAAGCGGCAUCCAGAAUUUCGCAAGGCAUUGUGGAAAAAUCUCUUUACGCGCCGUCUAAAGUCUGAAAUACCGUUGGCACUAAAGCAUCUUGGCGCGGGCUUAAUUGCAGCCAAAGCCAAACUGACGGUGCUGGAUUUGAGUGAUAAUGCGCUGGGUCCCAAUGGCAUGACCGGAUUAGAAGAUUUCCUGCGCUCUCCUGUUUGCUAUUCGCUACAGGAGCUUUAUCUUAACAACUGCGGCCUGGGUCCUGAGGGUGGCUGCAUGCUGUCCAAGGCCAUGCUGGAUCUGCAUGCCAAUGCCAAAGCCGCGGGCACACCACUGCAACUGCGUAUUUUUGUUGCCGGACGUAAUCGCCUAGAGAAUGUAGGUGCCACGGCUAUAUCAAAAAUAUUCAAGACACUGCAAACGCUGGAGGAAAUUUGCAUGCCACAGAACUCAAUAUAUCACAAAGGUGUUGCGGCACUGGCCGAGGGCCUCAAACUUAACCCGCAUCUGCGUGUGCUAAACCUAAAUGACAACACACUCACCUGCAAGGGUGCUAGCGAGAUUGCCGCAGUCUUUGAGCAUACGCCACAUUUGCGUGAGAUUAACUUUGGGGAUUGCAUCAUCAAGACAGACGGCGCAUAUCUGUUUGCUGAGGCCUUGGAGCAGCAUCACAAACAGCUUGAAGUUCUCGACUUGGGCUUUAAUGAAAUAAACCAUGAUGGUGGGCUUAUGUUGGUAACGGCCGUAGUAAACAAACCCAAUCUACGGCUGCUUAACUUGGAUGGCAACUGCUUUGGUCAGAAAGGCUGUGAGCUGAUCAUUGCCGAAAUGGAAAAGACUGCAAAUCCAGCUGCGCUGCAACCCUUUGAAGAGGAUGAUUCGGAGGAUGAGGCUGAGAAGGCCAGCGACGAUGAAGAAAACAGCGAAGAGGACGAUGCUGAAACUGUAGAAUAUGGAGAAGAUGACUAUGAGCAGGAUGGCGGUGAUUCAAAAGACUAUGAUCCGAACGAUACUACAGAGGAGGUUGACGAAGAGGACGACGAAUACGCUGAUGAAAAUGCUGCAGAGGACACUGCUUAUGUUACCACGCGUGCUUUCAAUACCAUGAACAUAAACGAGACCACAAGUGCCAAAUCUGACGACACCAUUGCCAAUGCUCAAAAUGACAACUUGAACAUAUCGGCUGAAGAUUUUGUCUUAGGUAAAGAACCCUGUACCCUGCAACAAUUUGGUACGCUUAAUGGCGACAACAAGCUGCAUAAACUAAUGAGUGUCAUUGAUCAAUUUGAUAACGACAAUCACUUGCUGUUGCUUGUUUUCACCACAUUGAAGUGCGCUCAUCAUUCCAAGUCAUCCAAGGCUGCUUUGGACCUGGCUGUCUCCUUGUACAAAACCACAUUUGAAUAUGCAAUUAAAACCAAACAGGAGCAACGUGUGCUUGACUAUGUGCUCAAACAACUUUGUAUUUUACGCAGUGAAGAGCCUUUCAAAUCGCCAUAUGAUAUGACAAAUUGUCGCUACGCGCUGCGUGAGGUAAUAUCCCUCUCUGAUUUUGCCAAUGAUAAUAUAAAGAAUACAUUGAAAGUAUGUCUUGAUCAACUUGAUGCUUAGCGUGACUUUGACAAGUUUUCGGGAUGGCUAUAAUAAUAGUGGGGCAACCAAGAUUACUCCGUAAAAUUAAAUAAACAAGAAGAGAAUAACAA